AUCUGUAAUCAUUGUUAGAAGAAGAUGAGAUUUUCUGGAAAGGGAGGGUGAAUGGCAUUCAGAGCAUUCAAUUGGUGGGUUACAGCCCAAAAUUAAAAUAAGCACCAUCCACCUCCCCCUGGCUCAACAAUUGUUAGCGUUAUCAGCCCUGGUCAUUAAUUGUGAAUUUGAAUCAUUUACUGACCAAGGAAUAAUAUAGGUCUUCAAGAUAAAUCGCUUGAGAACCCCUGGCUUAGAGCAUAAUGUUUUUAUGAAAUAACAAUCACUUGAGUUUCUCCCUGCCCCAGUUCGAAUACUUACUGGUCGAAAGAAUCCAACCAUUUGGAUUUUAUUUUCCACUAUGAUUCAACACUCCCAACAGCAACCAUCCAACAUUUCAUCAUUUCAAAGAAUAGCUGAUAUUUUCCACAUUAAAGACAUAAUUCUUCCCUAAUAUAUUCCAGACACCGCACUACAUGUCCAGAUCAUUCACAUGGGUAAACUUUGUAGCUGUUAGCAUUCUUCAUUGUUCUGUAGACAGGAGGAUUUUGUCCUCUCCCCUCCCCUUUUUUAUGUUUUCGUUGUUAUUAUAGUGUGUAUUUAUGUAGAAGAAAGUCUCAGGAAUAGAAGCAUUGACACAUUUGGUUUAUAUGGAGAUGUCUAGAGUGGUAUCUUCUGAUUAGUCGUUGUACUUGUUUGAACUGUGUUUAAUAAGGCAAAGUUGACUGUGAUUGGUGGGGCUGAGGCUGGUGGGGGCUGAUUGUGAUUGGUGGGGUUGGUGCCGGUGGGGGCUGAGUCUUCACUUGGUGCUGGAACCUUCAGCAGAAGCUCUCAGAUCUCAGGGUGCAGGCUGGCGUCUCCACAUCACACAGGAGGAGCUUGAUCUGCCCUGAUAAACAUGGGGAGCUGCCUGUUCCUCGUCUUCUACUCUCUGCUGCCUCUGCUCUCCUCAGCAGGACAUGAGGAGGUGAGACUGGUGAAGGGAGGGAGUCCCUGUGCUGGGACAGUAGAGGUGAAUCGUGGAGGACAGUGGGGGACAGUAAUGCAGUUUGGCUGGGACAUCGAUGACGCUACGGUGGUGUGUAGAGAGCUGGGCUGUGGGUCUGCUGUAGCUGCUCCUGGUAGAGCUCACUUUGGAGAAGGUUCUGGGAAGGAACUAAUUACUAAGGUUUCCUGUAAUGGAUCAGAGCCGACAAUGUCCAUGUGUCCAUCUCAGGAGGCUGAUAAGAUAUCAGGGUCACUCCUUCGUCCUCAUGUACUUGAUGCUGGUGUGAUCUGUUCAGGUCGCUCAGUGGUCCAGCUUGUGGGGGGGCCUCACAAGUGCUCUGGGAGACUGGAGAUUAGAGAUGGAGAUACCUGGGCUGCAGUGUGUGAUGGUAACUUUGACUGGCAGGAUGCUGAGGUUGUCUGUAGGGAGCUGGACUGUGGGGCUCCUUCAGCUCUACACAAGGGGGCCCAUUUUGGUGAAGGAGAAGGUCCCAUCUGGUAUAAAGGCUUCCACUGUGAAGGAGAGGAAUCCUUCCUACAUGACUGUCUAAUGUCAGAUGGACCAGAACAGAACUGUACAAAUCAUUCAGUAACACUGACAUGUUCAGAGCCUGCUGAUGUGAGGCUGCUGAAUGGAAGCAGCCCUUGUUCUGGGAGAGUGGAGGUGUAUCGCUGGGGCGAGUGGGGGACCGUUCAUCAGCGUAACUGGGACAUGAAUGAUGCCGCGGUGGUGUGUAGACAGCUGGGCUGUGGUUCUGCUGUAUCGGUACCAGGUGCAGCUCACUUUGGAGAAGGUUCUGGGCGGAUGGUUCUAGGUGAUGUUUCCUGCAGUGGGUCAGAGUUUGCGCUGAGGGAGUGUGGAUCACUGGAUGGCAGAGAGCAUGGCUUACUGCACACACUGGAUGCUGCAGUCAUCUGCUCAGACCAUGUGAGGCUUGUGGGUGGAGCUGAUCGCUGCUCUGGGAGACUGGAGAUUAGAGAUGGAGAUACCUGGUCUACAGUGUGUGAUGGUAACUUUGACUGGCAGGAUGCUGAGGUUGUCUGUAGGGAGCUGGACUGUGGGGCUCCUUCAGCUCUACACAAGGGGGCCCAUUUUGGUGAAGGAGAAGGUCCCAUCUGGUAUAAAGACUUCCACUGUGAAGGAGAAGAAUCCUUCCUCCAUGAAUGUCCCAAAUCUGUUGAAUCAGAACAGAACUGCAAAAACAACAGCAAUAUGGGACUGACCUGCACAGGGCCUGAGGACCUGAGGCUGGUGAAUGGAAGCAGUCCUUGUUCUGGGAGAGUGGAGGUGUAUCGCUGGGGAGAGUGGGGGACUAUAGCCCAGUAUGACUGGGACCUGGAUGAUGCGUCAGUGGUGUGUAGACAGCUGGGCUGUGGGACUGCUGUAUUAGCACCUAUAAGAGCUCACUUUGGAGAAGGUUCUGGAAGGGUGUUGCUGAGAGAUGUUUCCUGCAGUGGGUCAGAGAGUGCACUGCGGCAGUGUAGAUCACUGGAUUUCAGAUACAUGGAUUUUAUUUACAUUUUUGAUGCUGGAAUUAUUUGUUCAGACCAUGUGAGGCUUGUGGGUGGAGCUGAUCGCUGCUCUGGGAGGCUGGAGGUGAAGUUCAGUCAGUCCUGGUCUACAGUGUGUGAUGGUAACUUUGACUGGCAGGAUGCUGAGGUUGUCUGUAGGGAGCUGGACUGUGGGGCUCCUUCAGCUCUACACAAGGGGGCCCAUUUUGGUGAAGGAGAAGGUCCCAUCUGGUAUAAAGACUUCAACUGUGAAGGAGAGGAAUCCUUCCUCCGUGAAUGUCUCACCUCUGUUAGAUCAGAACAAAACUGCAAAAACAACAGCAAUAUGGGACUGACCUGCACAGGGCCUGAGGACCUGAGGCUGGUGAAUGGAAGCAGUCCUUGUUCUGGGAGAGUGGAGGUGUAUCGCUGGGGAGAGUGGGGGACUAUAGCCCAGUAUGACUGGGACCUGGAUGAUGCGUCAGUGGUGUGUAGACAGCUGGGCUGUGGGACUGCUGUAUUAGCACCUAUAAGAGCUCACUUUGGAGAAGGUUCUGGAAGGGUGUUGCUGAGAGAUGUUUCCUGCAGUGGGUCAGAGUCUGCACUGAGGCAGUGUAGAUCACUGGAUUACAGAUACAUGGAUAUUUCUCACAUCUUUGAUGCUGGAAUUAUUUGUUCAGACCAUGUGAGGCUUGUGGGUGGAGCUGAUCGCUGCUCUGGGAGGCUGGAGAUGAAGUUCAGUCAGUCCUGGUCUACAGUGGGUGAUGGUAACUUUGACUGGCAGGAUGCUGAGGUUGUCUGUAGGGAGCUGGACUGUGGGGCUCCUUCAGCUCUACACAAGGGGGCCCAUUUUGGUGAAGGAGAAGGUCCCAUCUGGUAUAAAGACUUCCACUGUAUAGGAGAGGAAUCCUCCCUCCAUGAAUGUCUCACCUCUGUUAGAUCAGAACAGAACUGUACACAUGGCCAUGCUGUGGGAUUGGUUUGUAGUGGACCUGAUUAUUUGAGAAUGGUGGAUGGAGGCAGCCCUUGUGCUGGAUCAGUGCAGGCGUAUCUGUGGGGGAAGUGGUGGUCCCCAGCACCAUAUUAUAUUGACAUAAAUUCCAUGCAAAAUUCUAUUGCAGUGACAGGCCGACAAACAGGCUGUGGACCACUGGAAUUCCUUGGAGGACCUGAACAUUUUGUUUAUACUCAAUCCAAUGUAUUAAUAAGUGAACAUUUCUGCACUGGAUUAGAAACUACAACAAUCGAAUGUGUGAAUAAUUACUUUUUCGAAGCUCAGGUACUUUCUGAUAAUAUUGGUCAAGUCACUUUCACAGGCCAUCGAGGGAUUCGGCUGAUAGGAGGGAGUCACAUGUGCACUGGGAGAGUGGAGAUUCAGCACGGAAGAACCUGGGGCUCAGUGUGUGACGCUGACCUUGACUGGCAGGACGCUGAGGUCGUCUGUAGAUCACUAGGCUGUGGGGAACCUGCACAGCUGCUGGGGGGAGCUGCCUUUGGUCAAGGAGAGGGAGGGGUGUGGUUUGAGGAGUUUCAGUGUCAGGGAAACGAGUCCCAUCUUGUGUUCUGUCCCAAAAUGACACAUAACAGGACCUGCAGCCAUGAGAACGAUGUGGGCCUGGUGUGUUCUGGAUACACAAGGUUCAGGCUGAAUGAUGGUCCUGACCACUGCUCUGGUAGAGUGGAGAUGAAGUACAAUGGAACAUGGGGAACAUUGUGUGAUGCAUCAUGGGACAUGAGAGCCGCCACUGUCCUGUGCCAGCAGCUGAAAUGUGGGGGUGCUGUGGCUGCCCUGGGACAGGCCGGGUUUGGGGGGGGCACUGGGCCCAUCUGGCCCGAUGUCUUUCAUUGUCAGGGGAAUGAGACUCGCCUCUCCCAGUGUGCUGUGUCCCCAUGGAGACGGGCAGCCUGUUCUCAUGGACAGGAUGCAGGAGUCAUCUGCUCUGGUUCCUUCCUUUCAUCCUCUUAUGGGGGUGUCAGGCUGCUGUCUGGAGGGAGUGACUGUGAGGGCUGGGUGGAGGUUUACUACAACCAGACCUGGCAGAAGGUUCACCAAGAGUCCUGGAGCUCCAUGGAUGCAUCUGUGGUCUGCAGACAGCUGGGCUGUGGCUCUGCAACAAAUAUCUACAGAUCAAACCUGUCAAGGACAGGGGACAGUGACACGUGUGUGACAGGCUUUCACUGCUCAGGAACUGAGUCUCACCUGGGGAAAUGCAGACCUCCACAUGUCCUCAACUGCCGCCCCAGUGACCAGGUGUCCAUGGUCUGCUCCAACCACAGGUCCCUCAGGCUGGUGGGGGGAGGCAGUGACUGUGCAGGGAGGCUGGAGGUCUUCCACAGGGGCUCUUGGGGGACAGUGUGCCAUGAGUCCUGGGCUCUGCCUGAGGCUCAGGUGGUGUGCAGGCAGCUCCGCUGUGGGACAGCCCUCAGUGGGCAGAUCCCUGUACCCACUUACUUUGGCCCAGGGACUGGACCCAUCUGGCUAAGCAAGCUGGGCUGUGUGGGGAUCGAGUCGUCCCUGUGGGACUGUCCCUCAGUGGAGUGGGGGAGGAAGGACUGUGGGCACAAGCAGGAUGUGGGUGUUGUGUGUUCAGAGCACAAGGAGCUGCGUCUGUCUGAAGGAUGUUCUGGCCACACAGAGGUCUACUACAAUGGUACCUGGGGAAGUGUGUGCUUUGAUGGUUUGGAAAAGACAACAGUAGCUGUCAUCUGUCGCCAGUUAGGCUGUGGAGAUAAGGGGACAGUCACUAAGACAAUGUCCAGGCUCAGUCCUGACCUCAAAGGGCUGGACUUUGGAAAAUGUCGAUCCCAUGACACAUCACUCUGGCAGUGUCCAUCAUCCUCCAAAGGGCCGAAUGGCUGCUCAGACGCUGCCAGAACAAGCUGCUCAGAUGCUGAAAAGCUGAGAUCUCCUUCAGACUUCAUGCUCUGCAGAACUUCUUCUGAUCUGAACUUGUGUGCUAACCGUCUGCCCCUGAGACUGACAGGGGGUGCAGACACUUGCUCUGGGAGGGUGGAGGUGUAUCACAGCGGCUCCUGGGGGACCGUGUGUGACGACUCCUGGGACCUGCGUGACGCCAUGGUGGUGUGCAGGCAGUUGGGCUGUGGGCCGGCUCUCAGGGCAGAAGGGGGCGGACGGUUCGGGAGGGGUGACGGCGCCAUCUGGCUGGAUGAGGUGAACUGCAAGGGCAGUGAGCUGCACCUGUGGCACUGCGCUUACUCACUGAAGCAGAGUGACUGCUCACACAGGCAGGACGCAGGGGUCACCUGUGCAGGCGUCACAGAAAUCAUCCCCAAUGUCACUGGAGCUCCCACAGUUACUCAGAUGCAAACAGGCCAGUCUGACCCAACAGUGUCCUCAGUGGUUCUUGGGCUUCUGCUCUCAGUACUUCUGCUGCUGGUGGUUAGACUGGUCUACAGGAACUGGGUCCUGACAAGAGAACUUGCAAAGAUUGACAAUAAACAGCUGUCUCCAGCCAUCUACGAGGAAAUAGAUUACAGGUUUACUGACGUGAUAGAACCGGCUUGUCGGAAAGGGAGUGACCUUCCAGAUGAGCUGCCCUCAGGGUAUGAAGAUGUGGGGGAAGCUGAAGGAGUCAGUCUCUUAGAGAAGACGAUCACUGGUGACGACCCAGAAAACCAUGAUGACCUUGUUUGUAAGAUAGAGGCUCCAGAAAAGUUUAAAGGGGUAGAUACCCUGGAGUACUACAAUGACAGCCCAGCAGGUCAGACACCUGACUAUGAUGGUGUCACUGACAGCCAGACCAAUGACUAUGAUGAUGUCACUGACAGCCAGACCAAUGACUAUGAUGACGUCUCUGUGCAGCAUCACCCUGACUCUCAGCCAGAUCUCCACCACAGUCACCCUGUAGGACACAUUACUGAGCUGUCGUUCAUCCAAGAUGGGGAGCUGCCUAAUGAUGACAUCACUAACUAUGACGACGUGGGGGAGGGACAUGAGGAGGUGAGACUGGUGAAGGGAGGGAGUCCCUGUGCUGGAACAGUAGAGGUGAAUCGUGGAGGACAGUGGGGGACAGUAAUCCAGAUUGGCUGGGACAUUAAUGAUGCUACAGUGGUGUGUAGAGAGCUGGGCUGUGGGUCUGCUGUAGCCACUCCUGGUAGAGCUCACUUUGGAGAAGGUUCUGGGCAGGAGCUACUUAUUCAGGUUUCCUGUAAUGGAUCAGAACCGACACUGUCUAUGUGUCCAACUGAAGAAGCUGCUAAGAUAUCGUGGUCACUCGAUCAUCCUCACGUACUUGAUGCUGGAGUGAUCUGUUCAGGUCACUCAGUGGUCCAGCUUGUGGGGGGGGCUCACAAGUGCUCUGGGAGACUGGAGAUUAGAGAUGGAGAUACCUGGUCUACAGUGUGUGAUGGUAACUUUGACUGGCAGGAAGCUGAGGUUGUCUGUAGGGAGCUGGACUGUGGGGCUCCUUCAGCUCUACACAAGGGGGCCCAUUUUGGUGAAGGAGAAGGUCCCAUCUGGUAUAAAGGCUUCAACUGUGAAGGACAUCAGUCCUUCCUACAUGAAUGUGUCACCCAAACUGGACCAGAACACAACUGUACAAAUCAUACUGUAAUACUGACAUGUUCAGAGCCUGCUGAUGUGAGGCUGCUGAAUGGAAGCAGCCCUUGUUCUGGGAGAGUGGAGGUGUAUCGCUGGGGCGAGUGGGGGACCGUUUAUCAGCGUAACUGGGACAUGAAUGAUGCCGCGGUGGUGUGUAGACAGCUGGACUGUGGUUCUGCUGUAUCGGUACCAGGUGCAGCUCACUUUGGAGAAGGUUCUGGGCGGAUGGUUCUAGGUGAUGUUUCCUGCAGUGGGUCAGAGUUUGCGCUGAGGGAGUGUGGAUCACUGGAUGGCAGAGAGCAUGGCUUACCGCACACACUGGAUGCUGCAGUCAUCUGCUCAGAUCAUGUGAGGCUUGUGGGUGGAGCUGAUCGCUGCUCUGGGAGGCUGGAGGUGAAGUUCAGUCAGUCCUGGUCUACAGUGUGUGAUGGUAACUUUGACUGGCAGGAUGCUGAUGUUGUCUGUAGGGAGCUGGACUGUGGGGCUCCUUCAGCUCUACACAAGGGGGCCCAUUUUGGUGAAGGAGAAGGUCCCAUCUGGUAUAAAGACUUCAACUGUGAAGGAGAGGAAUCCUUCCUCCGUGAAUGUCUCACCUCUGUUAGAUCAGAACAAAACUGCAAAAACAACAGCAAUAUGGGACUGACCUGCACAGGGCCUGAGGACCUGAGGCUGGUGAAUGGAAGCAGUCCUUGUUCUGGGAGAGUGGAGGUGUAUCGCUGGGGAGAGUGGGGGACUAUAGCCCAGUAUGACUGGGACCUGGAUGAUGCGUCAGUGGUGUGUAGACAGCUGGGCUGUGGGACUGCUGUAUUAGCACCUAUAAGAGCUCACUUUGGAGAAGGUUCUGGAAGGGUGUUGCUGAGAGAUGUUUCCUGCAGUGGGUCAGAGUCUGCACUGAGGGAGUGUAGAUCACUGGAUUUCAGAUACAUGGAUAUUCCUCACAUCUUUGAUGCUGGAAUUAUUUGUUCAGAUCAUGUGAGGCUUGUGGGUGGAGCUGAUCGCUGCUCUGGGAGGCUGGAGGUGAAGUUCAGUCAGUCCUGGUCUACAGUGUUUGAUGGUAACUUUGACUGGCAGGAUGCUGAGGUUGUCUGUAGGGAGCUGGACUGUGGGGCUCCUUCAGCUCUACACAAGGCGGCCCAUUUUUGUGAAGGAGAAGGUCCCAUCUGGUAUAAAGACUUCCACUGUGAAGGACAUGAGUCCUUCCUCCAUGAAUGUCUCACCUCUGUUGAAUCAGAACAGAACUGCAAAAACAACAGCAUUAUGGGACUGACCUGCACAGGGCCUGAGGACCUGAGGCUGGUGAAUGGAAGCAGUCUUUGUUCUGGGAGAGUGGAGGUGUAUCGCUGGGGAGAGUGGGGGACUAUAGCCCAGUAUGACUGGGACCUGGAUGAUGCGUCAGUGGUGUGUAGACAGCUGGGCUGUGGGACUGCUGUAUUAGCACCUAUAAGAGCUCACUUUGGAGAAGGUUCUGGAAGGGUGUUGCUGAGAGAUGUUUCCUGCAGUGGGUCAGAGUCUGCACUGAGGGAGUGUAGAUCACUGGAUUUCAGAUACAUGGAUAUUCCUCACAUCUUUGAUGCUGGAAUUAUUUGUUCAGAUCAUGUGAGGCUUGUGGGUGGAGCUGAUCGCUGCUCUGGGAGGCUGGAGGUGAAGUUCAGUCAGUCCUGGUCUACAGUGUGUGAUGGUAACUUUGAGUGGCAGGAUGCUGAGGUUGUCUGUAGGGAGCUGGACUGUGGGGCUCCUUCAGCUCUACACAAGGGGGCCCAUUUUGGUGAAGGAGAAGGUCCCAUCUGGUAUAAAGACUUCCACUGUGAAGGAGAGGAAUCCUUCCUCCAUGAAUGUCUCACCUCUGUUAGAUCUGAAGAGAACUGUACACACGACCAUGCUGUGGGAUUGCUUUGUACAGGACAUGAUUAUGUGAAAAUGGUGGAUGGAGGCAGUCCUUGUGCUGGAACAGUGCAGGUGUAUCACUGGGGAAAGUGGUGGACAACAGUACCUUAUUUCACUGACCUCAAUGUCCUUCAAAAUCCUGUCUUAGUGACAGGCAAAGAUCUGGGCUGCGGACCAUUAGAAUUUGUUGGAGGACCCGAAUAUUUUGUUUAUACCCAAAGCAAUUUAUUGAUAAGUGAGCAUUUCUGCAGUGGAUUAGAAUCUAAAUUCAGCAAUUGUGAAAAUAAUUACUUCAUUGAAGUUGAGACACUUUCUGAAGAUAUUUUUCAAUUCACUUACACAGGCCAUCGAGGGAUUCGGCUGAUAGGAGGGAGUCACAUGUGCUCUGGGAGAGUGGAGAUUCAGCACGGAAGAACCUGGGGCUCAGUGUGUGACGCUGACCUUGACUGGCAGGACGCUGAGGUCGUCUGUAGAUCACUAGGCUGUGGGGAACCUGCACAGCUGCUGGGGGGAGCUGCCUUUGGUCAAGGAGAGGGAGGGGUGUGGUCUGAGGAGUUUCAGUGUCAGGGAAACGAGUCCCAUCUUGUGUUCUGUCCCAAGAUGAGACAUAACAGGACCUGCAGCCAUGAGAACGAUGUGGGCCUGGUGUGUUCUGGAUACACAAGGUUCAGGCUGAGGGAUGGUCCUGACCACUGCUCUGGUAGAGUGGAGAUGAGGUACAAUGGAACAUGGGGAACAUUGUGUGAUGCAUCAUGGGACAUGAGAGCCGCCACUGUCCUGUGCCAGCAGCUGAAAUGUGGGGGCGCUGUGGCUGCCCUGGGACAGGCCGGGUUUGGGGGGGGCACUGGGCCCAUCUGGCCCGAUGUCUUUAAUUGUCAGGGGAAUGAGACUCGCCUCUCCCAGUGUGCUGUGUCCCCAUGGAGACGGGCAGCCUGUUCUCAUGGACAGGAUGCAGGAGUCGUCUGCUCUGGUUCCUUCCUUUCAUCCUCUUAUGGGGGUGUCAGGCUGCUGUCUGGAGGGAGUGACUGUGAGGGCUGGGUGGAGGUUUACUACAACCAGACCUGGCAGAAGGUUCACCAAGAGUCCUGGAGCUCCAUGGAUGCAUCUGUGGUCUGCAGACAGCUGGGCUGUGGCUCUGCAACAAAUAUCUACAGAUCAUACCUGUCAAGGACAGGGGACAGUGACACGUGUGUGACAGGCUUUCACUGCUCAGGAACUGAGUCUCACCUGGGGAAAUGCAGACCUCCACAUGUCCUCAACUGCCGCCCCAGUGACCAGGUGUCCAUGGUCUGCUCCAACCACAGGUCCCUCAGGCUGGUGGGGGGAGGCAGUGACUGUGCAGGGAGGCUGGAGGUCUUCCACAGGGGCUCUUGGGGGACAGUGUGCCAUGAGUCCUGGGCUCUGCCUGAGGCUCAGGUGGUGUGCAGGCAGCUCCGCUGUGGGACAGCCCUCAGUGGGCAGAUCCCUGUACCCACUUACUUUGGCCCAGGGACUGGACCUAUCUGGCUGAGCAAGCUGGGCUGUGUGGGGAAGGAGUCGUCCCUGUGGGACUGUCCCUCAGUGGAGUGGGGGAGGAAGGAUUGUGGGCACAAGCAGGAUGUGGGUGUUGUGUGUUCAGAGCACAAGGAGCUGCGUCUGUCUGAAGGAUGUUCUGGCCACACAGAGGUCUACUACAAUGGUACCUGGGCAAGUGUGUGCUUUGAUGGUCUGGAAAAGACAACAGUAGCAGUCAUCUGUCGCCAGUUAGACUGUGGAGAUAAGGGGACAGUCACUAAGACAAUGUCCAGGCUCAGUCCUGACCUCAAAGGGCUGGACUUUGGAAAAUGUCGAUCCCAUGACACAUCACUCUGGCAGUGUCCAUCAUCCUCCAAAGGGCCAAAUGGCUGCUCAGAAGCUGCCAGAACAAGCUGCUCAGAUGCUGAAAAGCUGAGAUCUCCUUCAGACUUCAUGCUCUGCAGAACUUCUUCUGAUCUGAACUUCUGUGCCAACCGUCUGCCCCUGAGACUGACAGGGGGUACAGACACUUGUUCUGGGAGGGUGGAGGUGUAUCACAGCGGCUCCUGGGGGACCGUGUGUGACGACUCCUGGGACCUGCGUGACGCCAUGGUGGUGUGCAGGCAGUUGGGCUGUGGGCCGGCUCUCAGGGCAGAAGGGGGCGAACGGUUCGGGAGGGGUGACGGCGCCAUCUGGCUGGAUGAGGUGAACUGCAAGGGCAGUGAGCUGCACCUGUGGCACUGCGCUUACUCACUGAAGCAGAGUGACUGCUCACACAGGCAGGACGCAGGGGUCACCUGUGCAGGCGUCACAGAAAUCACCCCCGAUGUCACUGGACCUCCCACAGUUACUCAGAUGCAAACAGGCCAGUCUGACCCAACAGUGUCCUUAUUGGUUCUUGGGCUUCUGCUCUCAGUACUUCUCCUGCUGGUGGUUAGACUGGUCUACAGGAACUGGGUCCUGACAAGAGAACUUGCUGAGAGUGAAAAUAAACAGCUGUCUCCAGCCAUCUAUGAGGAAAUAGACUGCAGGUUUACCAAAGUGACAGAGCAGGAUGGGCACAAAGGGAGUGACCUUCCAGAUGAGCUUCCCUUAGGGUAUGAACUUGUGGGUGAAGCUGAAGGAGUCAAUCUCUUAGAGAAGACGAUCACUGGUGACGACCCAGAAAACCAUGAUGACCAUGUUUGUGAGAAAGAGACUCCAACAAAGUUGAUAGGGGUAGAUACCCUGGAGUACCACAAUGACAGCCCAGCAGGUCAAACUCCUGUCUAUGAUGAUGUCACUGACAGCCAGACCAAUGACUAUGAUGAUGUCACUGACAGCCAGACCAAUGACUAUGAUGACGUCUCUGUGCAGCAUCACCCUGACUCUCAGCCAGAUCUCCGCCACAGUCACCCUGUCGGACACAUGACUGAGCUGUCGUUCACCCAAGAAGGGGGGCUGCCUAAUGAUGACAUCACUAACUAUGAUGAUGUGGGGGAGGGGCUUCUGUGAGAGGGAGGGGUCUGGGGAAGGGGCAGCUCGGUAUCAAUAGACAGAAAAGGCCUAAACAUUUCAGGACAUUGCAUCCUGCCCUUGAAUGCAUUUGCUCAGAGAUGCAGUACAUUUAAAGAUGGGUACUUGUGCUAUUUUGUUUUCUGUGUGAAGAAAACUGUUGGUGCUGAGAAAAUCUAAGGUAUGUGCAUCAACUUUCACAUUUUUAUACUGCAGUCUCGUGUUGUAUAUUGAAAAUCGGCAUUAUCAAUACCCAUAAAUUUUCCAUUACCGAUGUUUUUGACUUUUAAAUGUAUAGUAGCGCAAACCACGCUUGACCACAAGAUGGCAGCAAACAACUCAUUUCCUAGUAGCCUCUUCCCUCACGAAAGCACGAUUUUUCAUCACAUUGUCUCACUUUACUGUAAUUAUAAAUGUAACAUUCACUCAUUCAUCAAGCAAACUUCAUAAAUUCAGACUUAAAUUUGAAUUCUUAAUCUAUUCAUGUGUUUACAUAUGUACACUUAAUUACACAUAGAACAUAAAAUAACCAGACAGUCCAACGAAUGGCAAUACUGACACUGUAUUAAUCCCCGUGGAGAAAUUCUCCUUUUGCUUUACCCCAUCUUGCUCUCCAUGAGACACACACACACACACACACACACACACACAUAUACAGCACCCCUGGAGCUGGGGGUUUUGCUCAAGGACCCACGGACAAUUAACUAUCGUGCUGAGGACAGGGGCUCGAACCAGCGACCUCCCAAUCA